CAUCCCCAUCCUCCAUCCCCGCCCCGGUGCAGCGAGGCGGCGGGAGCGGCGGGGCAUGCCCCGUCCGCGCAACGCAGGAACGGCCCCGCGUUCCCCCCCCAUUCCGCGGCCGGCGGAGGAGGAGGAGGAGGCGGCGGAGCUGCCGCAGGGCUCGCCGGCCCCGCAGGCGAGGCGCGGCCGCGCCGCGCGGGGUAUGAAAUUGCGCCGGCAGCGGAGCGGGGCGGGCGGCCCCGGUGGUGGUGGCGGCGGCGGCGGUGUCUCCUCGGCGGGGCCGUAGCUCGGCGCUUUCUCCUCGUCAGAGCCCCUCCGCUCCCCGCCGCGGCGAGGCCGGGGCCGCGCUGGGGCUCCGUGCGGCGGCGUGGGAUGCGGGCGCAGCGGCUGGCACCUGCCGGCCGGUUCCACUAGCCCCUGCGGGCGACCCGGCGGCGGCUGGCGGUGCCCCUCGGGAAGUUUGAUGGCUUCUUUGAGGAGAGUCAAAGUCCUGCUGGUGUUAAACUUGAUCGCGGUGGCUGGCUUUGUCCUCUUCCUGGCCAAGUGCAGACCCAUCACAGCCAAGAGCGGCGACUCCUUCCAUGACAUCCAUCCCAGGGCAGAAGUGGCCAACUUGACAGCCCACGGCAUCAGCUCCAUCCAGGAUGCGGUGCUGAAGAGACUCUCCCUCCUAGAAGAUAUAGUCUACAGGCAGCUGAACGGUCUGUCCAAGUCACUCGGUCUCAUUGAAGGCUAUGGUGGACGUGGUAAAGGUGGGCUUCCAGCCACCCUGUCCCCUGAGGAGGAGGAGAAGGCAAAGGGACCACAUGAGAAAUAUGGCUACAACUCCUACCUCAGUGAGAAAAUUUCACUGGAUCGUUCCAUACCAGAUUAUCGUCCAACCAAGUGCAAAGAGCUGAAAUAUGGCAAGGACCUACCCCAGAUCUCCAUCAUCUUCAUCUUCGUGAACGAAGCGCUCUCCGUUAUCCUGCGAUCGGUGCACAGCGCGGUUAACCAUACGCCAGCUCACCUCCUGAAGGAGAUUAUCCUUGUGGACGACAACAGCGAUGAAGAGGAACUGAAGGCGCCGCUAGAAGAAUACGUCAAUAAACGCUACCCAGGGCUCGUGAAGGUGGUGCGCAACCAGAAGAGGGAAGGCCUUAUCCGAGCUCGUAUUGAAGGCUGGAAAGCUGCCACUGGCCAGAUCACCGGAUUUUUUGAUGCCCAUGUGGAGUUCACUGCCGGCUGGGCUGAGCCGGUACUUUCACGAAUUCAGGAAAAUCGGAGAAGGGUGAUUCUUCCCUCCAUAGACAACAUCAAGCAGGACAACUUCGAGGUGCAGCGUUACGAGAACUCUGCCCACGGGUACAGCUGGGAGCUGUGGUGCAUGUACAUCAGCCCCCCCAAGGACUGGUGGGAUGCCGGAGACCCCUCCCUGCCCAUCAGGACGCCGGCGAUGAUCGGUUGCUCAUUCGUUGUGCACAGAAAGUUCUUUGGAGAGAUUGGGCUUCUCGAUCCGGGGAUGGACGUGUACGGAGGGGAGAACAUAGAGCUCGGCAUCAAGGUGUGGCUGUGCGGCGGCAGCAUGGAGGUCCUGCCCUGCUCCAGGGUGGCUCACAUCGAGCGCAAGAAGAAGCCCUACAACAACAACAUCGGUUUCUACACCAAGCGCAAUGCUCUGCGGGUGGCCGAGGUGUGGAUGGACGACUACAAAUCGCACGUCUACAUCGCGUGGAACCUGCCGCUGGAGAACCCGGGUAUAGACAUCGGGGAUGUUUCUGAGAGAAAAGCGCUGAGGAAGAGCUUGAAGUGUAAAAAUUUCCAGUGGUACCUGGACCACGUUUAUCCGGAAAUGAGAAGAUACAACAACACCAUCGCUUAUGGCGAGCUUCGAAACAACAAGGCGAAAGACGUCUGCCUUGACCAGGGCCCGCAGGAGAACCACACAGCAAUAUUGUACCCGUGCCACGGCUGGGGACCGCAGCUGGCUCGCUACACCAAGGAGGGCUUCCUUCAUCUCGGCGCCCUCGGCACCACGACUCUCCUACCCGAUACCCGCUGCCUGGUGGAUAACGUGAAAAGCCGCUUCCCUCAGCUCCUCGAUUGCGAGAAGGUCAAGAGCAGCCUCCAUAAGCGCUGGAAUUUCAUACAGAACGGUGCCAUCCUGAACAAGGGAACGGGACGAUGCUUGGAAGUGGAGAACAGGGGAAUGGCUGGCAUCGAUCUGAUUCUUCGCAGCUGCACAGGACAAAGGUGGACAAUUAAAAAUUUCAUCAAGUAAAGGGUAGAAGAGUCAGAGGAGUUUGACUCGAAACACGGCUGACUUGGACUGAUGUGACUGGACUCCUUCGGAAAGGACGAAAUAUCAAAACAGAGCUUUAUUCAUGUUAUUAGGAGAGGACAUGGGGGAAAUGGGCAUUUGUGUCUUUUUACUUUUCUGUAUAUUAGUCUCCCACAGCUGAUUCCAACUGUGUGAAAUUGGGUCAGAACUGCUAUUUUCUUCUGGCGAGCACUCUAAAAGGUACCACUUAUUUCUGCUGGAAUGACUGUAAUAAGCUCAUGCAGACUUGGGAGCAUUUUACUGGCAGGGAAUUGUUGCUUUCCCAGACGACUCCAAGCUCUCCCAAAGGGCCAGGUAGGUUUGCCCCGUGAUCGGAGUCGAGAGAUCCUGGAUGUACCAGCCUGGCAAGCAUGAAAACGUACGUGCUUGCGAGAGGAAAAGGUUGCCAAGCCCCGAAUGAGCUAAGUUUGAAAGAUGCGGCGUCCAGCAGCCCUUUUCUUGAGUCUGGGAGAGGUAAAGCUCCCUCUGGUAGCUCCCAUGGAUCUUUCCAGCCCUUAAUCACAGAUGUCAUCAAACAAAAUCCUAUUGAAAAAAGCCACACUGAUCUCCCAUUGUGCACAGGCAGCUGUUGGCCGGGCCAGCCCCGGGCAGCACCAGUCCCUCCCAUGGAGACUCCAAAUGGGUUCCUUUUGGAAAAGACCUUGGGCGUCCACCUGUCUGUUUGGGCAGUUGCCAGCCCUUUUGGGUGUCAGUCCGACUCACGCAUGGGGAGUAAGGCUAGUGGGAUGUUUCCUGCCCCUUGGGAGCCUGGGAAGCUGCAGAUCCACCUUGCCUUCCCAGUGGGGCCAUUGGCCUGGCACCGUCCUCUUGGAGACCCACCUUUACCCUAUUUUUGCUCUUUUCUUGUAGAAGCGAGGAUGGAUGCGCUGGUGUGCGCAACAGCUGGGAGCUGGUAAUGCGAGAGAAGGUCCCGCCUGGGCUUCCCUCCCAUGGAGGCUAUAGGGUUUGGUUUUAAGGCAUCCUUGCUCCGAAUGAAGAUAUCAGUAAUGGUAGUCUCUGUAACUUUGUAGUGGUGUUCUCUUCCGGAGGCUCGAGCGCACCUGUCCUGCCUGGUCGGUGUGUGAUUGUGGUCAAGGCCCACCACAAACAGCACACGUUUCUGCGGUCCUUCAUGGGCGAUGGUGAAGUGAGGAAGGGAGAGGGAGGGCAAGAGACCAAUAAAUGGCAGUUUGGCUGAAAUUCUUGACCUUGAAGUCACUUGAGGCUAUUAAUAUGGUGGGGAGAUCUCACCGGCUUUUCUUGGCCCACACCUACCAAAUCUACCCAGCUGUCAUGGGAGACCACUGGUUUGGGGUCCUGAUGUCUGGAGAAGGGAAAUGUGGUCUCUCAGAGUUGCUUUACAUGGAUGCCAGACUAAUGGGUGGAUACGGGCUUUGCUUGGUGGAGAGGAGAAGCCAGCCCAUCUCCUGUCCUUCUCACGGAAUAAAACUCUCUCUGGUUGCCCUCUGGCUAGGGUGCACUAAAAUAUAUUAAUAUAUGAGAUGUACAUGUAAAUAUGUUUCCCAAAGACGGGAUGUGCACAGAGUUGUUUGCUGCAGAGCACUCAUGCCUGUCUUCCAUUUGCAUCAGGAUGAAGCUACCUGGAUGUUUUAAUGAGUUUAAUUUUCCAAUGCCACGCAGCAGCUUUAUAACUGAUGUUUUAGUAAUUUAUUGAACAGAAGCCGAUAUAUUUCAUUGUUCCUUCUACAGCAAUGAGCGUCACAUAGGACUGGUUGUUCAUUUAGGCUUGACGAGACUUCCUCAUCCAUUGGGGUUGUCUCUGAUUUUUUUUUUCCCUUGCCUUCCUUAAUGAAGUAAAACCUCUUAGUUGUCCUGAAUUGCAAAGUAGGGAGUCAAUGUAGAAUUUUGCUCUCUUAUUCGCUGUUGCAUCAUCUCUUGUGUAAUAAAUUUUAGCACUUACAAAACCAA